CCAUCACCGCGCGCUGCGCCCGGCCCGCCCAGGCCCGGCGGCGGGAAGCCCUUUCCAAAUAUAAGAGGAAGAAAGAAGCCACUUCCCCAGCUGUCGCCACCUCCUGACAGGUUGAGCAAGACUAUUCCAGGCACCGCGGGGAAGACGGCCGGUCAGGCCCCCGAUGAUGACCAGCCGGGUGCUUUUGUCAAGAAAGGGAAUAGGGUGAAGGAUUUCCGUCAGGAAAGCAGCCCUGGGAAUGCCGGCCCACCCCGGGGCAAAGCCCAGCGCUCGAGGGAUCCUUCAGGGAAGGGGCAGAGUCAGCCCCCGGGCCCCCACGCUCCUCCCCAGCAGAAAAGCGGCCCGGUGGGUGCCCGCCCCUGGACGACUGGACUGAAAGAGAGCCUCUCCCCGGGGGGCGCCCCCCAGAGGGGUCGGCUCAGCCCCCGGUGCCAGGGGGCCGCAGGGAACAAGCUGUUUCUGGACUUCGAGUCGAUGAAAAUCAUGCGGGAGCCGGAGGAGGACAGCGGCAGUGACCUCUCUGACUCCGAGCGGGUCCCCAUCCCCCCGUCGCCGCUCACGCCGCCCGAGCUGAACCUUCGAGCUGAAGAAAUCGACCCCAUCUGCUUCGACCUGCAUGCCGGCCCGGGCCAGGCCAAGCCUGAGGAGCGGUACCCCGAUUUCCUGCCACCGCCUUUCAACUCCUGGGACCUGCAGGACAUGGCCUCACUCCUGAACACCGGGGGCCAGGUGGCCGGCCCACCCCGCGUCGGGGGCCCCCUGGGGCGGUUCAUCGACCGACUUCUGCAGCUCGAGCGGCUGCAGGUGCAGACGGUGCAGUGGGAGAAGGGGAGGGCGUCCAAAGCCAGGCCCCCCACAGCUGCCGGGGCCUCGGUGGCGCUGAAAAGCCCCAGGAGAAGCCAGCUCCUGGCCGGCGCUCUGUCCAGGCCGCCCCAGGACGGGCCUCUUAAGGUGGGCCCCGCACGGAAGAAGGACUGGCACCGGGAAAGCCAUGCACCCUACUAUGCUUCAGAGGUGUCCCCCAGACUGGUGGGUGUGCCGAGCAAUGGCAGGGUUUCUGCUCCCAGGAGCACCCUGGAGGUGAGGACGGAGGAGAAGAGGAAGAAAUCAAGCAGGAGCACCAAGCUGCAGCGGUGGGCCCUGUCCUGCGGGGAGGGCGGCGGCCUGAGGAUGGAGAGCGAUGGCAACAUUCGCAGCCCCAGGCUGCCCUCGAGGACCCUGGACUCCCCCGACACCGGCGAGGGUCCCGGGACACAGGCACACGCCAACCUGAAGAAAAAGGGCCACUCCAGCAACGGUGGCCACGCCGCCCUAUCCAGCGAAAAAAAACUCAAGAUGAAUGGAGCGAAGCAGACCCUCCCCAAGUCCAGCUGACGGGGAGGGGGGCACCGACCGCGGGAGCGGAGCAGCCGGGCUCCCCGGAGUCCUGUGCUGUGAGCCUGACAUUGAAGUAGCUUGUUCGCCUGCCGGUCCGUCCCUACCAGUCAUUUCAAAGCACCUUCGACGAGUCUGCCUCGGCACCGAAGUCUCAAGCAGCAAGAGCCUUUUGGUAAAGAGGGGCUGAGGUCAGUGCCCGGCAAGGAGCGGGAGACGGCGCCUCCGGGGAGUGGCCGGACCUCGGCAACAGCUGCCAGCCCGGCGAGGUGGGCGCCGCGUGGCCGCCGUCCAGCCCGCCCCAGCGGGGAUGUGGAGAAGCUUUGGCUUUGGGCUCACUGGGAAACCAGACGGCCUCGCCCUGGCGCCACUGCCCAGUUCUGUCCACGUCCCCCGGAGGCCAGCUCUUCCCUCCAGGUGGGAGAGCCUGGAGCCAAGUGUUGACCACCAGGCUGCUUGCUCUGUGGAGACCACGGCACUUUCCGCGUGCCCCUGAGGUGGGUUGAGAAGAGAAGGCGCUUCAUCGCCAGGUGGUCAUGGGGUCCCCCUGAGUGCUCUCUGCACGGCGGCCCCAACAGGGGCGCCGGUGGGUUGGAUCCUGGCUGUUGCUGUGGGCCGCCCCCCGGAGUUCCCACGCGUCUGGCCUGUCUGAAGAGGUGUCAGGAAAACAGCUCUCCGAAGGCUAAGUGAGCGCCUGUGCCAGGAGAGGAGCACCGCCAGGGGAGGGGUACCCCGCAGCAGCGGCCGGGCUUCAGCAGCAAGAGCAGGGGGUGUCCUGCGCUGAGGUGGGAGGGGCGAGCACAGGUCCUCGCCGGCCCGCGCCCCUCCCCUGACGCUUCUCUUGAGACUCGGUGGGAGGCGUCUGGCCAGGGUAGCUGUGCCACGGGGCUCCCGUGGCCACCGCUGAUGUCCCGAGCUUGGGGGCUGGCUUCCCCGGGUGCAGGACUGUGGCUCGCUUUAUCCCCGUAAACGAUUAUUCUGUUUGAUUUUCACAUGUUUCUAUUUUUUCAUCUCGUGGGCAAAUGAAAAAUUUGGCACUCUUCAACUGAAAACACGGAGUAGCUCGCAAACUGCGCCCCCAGCAGCCCGCCCCAAAGGCGCUUCUCCGCUCGUGAGUGUCAGGACCAGCGCUGGAGCCCGGGUGACAGGCAAAGGUCACAUCCUGUGUCCCGCCUUAAAGACUGAUCGUCAUCCUAUUAACUGACGUUGAGUUAUUUGAUGGUGAUUUUUUCUUCCAAGGCUUUAUUUCCAGAAGUUUACGGAUCCCCGAUGCCUCUCCCCGACCCUGCUGGAGAAAGCGUGCCCGCUGUGACCUUGAGGGCGGCUUCUGAGGCCCUCGCGACCCUGUAACUUUCUGCUGUCUCCAUGUUGUGUUUUGAAACAGUGUGACUCAUACUUUUCCCUUCUGGGGUCCUGCAAGGCACCCCACGUGUUGGCACCUACCAGACUUCACCCACCGGUGCCCCGUGGGGAGCCAUGUGCAGCCACUGUGACCUUCAGGCUACUCCGUCUCCUCAGCGUGACGUGUGCUCACAGCUACCCCGCAGCAGCAGAGGGGUGCAGGCUGCGCAGAGCCUUCCCAGGAGCGCACCCGGAGACCUCCAGGGUCACAGGGAAGGGGCUUGCCCCUGGGCCUGGUGUGCGUCUGAGCUGAGGGCCUUCGUGAGGACAACUGCAGAGGAAGCGCCUCCCUGUCGCGUCUGUCUUGGUCUUCCAUCGAAGUGGGUGGCCCAGGCCACGACGUCCUGCCUAAGACGGCUUGGAAGCCUGAAGGAGCGACGGUGCCCGUUCCCUGCACAGGCCCUGGUGGGUUCACCGGCAGGAUCGGGGCUCAGAACAGGGACAGCUGUAAGUCGUGAUCCCGACAUGCGCGUGCCAGGGUCUGGAGCUCUGAGCGCCCGCGUGGGGCGCUGCUGCCGGCCAGGGGCAGGGGCGGGGGCUGGCCCCAGCGGCCUCUGCAGUCCCGCGCCAGCCACAGGGACGUGUUUUUUAAGAAGUGCCUCUCGUUUCUGGGGUGUUGUUUACAUGCACGUAGCACUGAAACCAAGGAAAGCAGUCCGAGGUCAGAAGACUUAACCAAAAAGCAUCGAGAAUGUAAGAGCCACUUCAGGCGUAGACGUGUCAGUGGGACGAGCGCCCGAGUGAGCUACAAAAGCUGGUCAGUAGUAGCCACAGCUGCGCGGUGUGGGCCGCUGCUCAGACCUUUGGCCCGCGAGCCGGGGGGCUCUGCCUGAUCUGGUGGGCCGGGGUCGGUGGCCCCGGAGCGGGAGCAGGCGGGUGACACCAUGGUCUUAUAGCAAAAGCACAAAGGACACGGGGUCCUCAGGCUGGUGAGGCUCCUUCCCAGGAGCAGGAGAAUGUCUGCCCCGGGCAGGCUGCUGCCUCCCUCUGAGGCUUGUCUGCAGGAGCCCCGGCCCGGGCGCUGCGGGCAGCAGCGGCUUCAUUGUUCCUGCAGGCCCAGGGUGGUCAGAAUGGUCUGAAAACACAUUUGUUACUUGCUGUUGUGAUUGUCGUAUGCUUGGUUUUGUAUAUAAUAAAAGAAUAUGUGUCAGUUUUUGUGACUCUGGAGAUCAAUUAAAGAGCAGAA